GAGUCGUUGCCGGUUUGCCGCGCAGCGCAGGUCUGUUCCUGCUAGAGUCGGAUCGAUCGAUCUUCAUAUAACAACAGCAAUCCAUCGCCGAGCAACGAAACCAAAUUGCAAGCAAUUCUUUUCUUUUCUUAUUAUUAUCUCCAGCACGCCCUGUCCGUCGAUGAUGGCAUGCCGGCUCGCCCUCUGCAGGGCUGCAACACAUCCUGCAAAGCGUGGGCUGGCAACUGUGGUCUACGGCGAGGCAGCGGCGGCCGCAAAAUCAUCGAAUGCCGCAGGCCGCAUUCUUACAAAUCUACAAAGGAGAAACGGAUCGAGCUUUCUUGGUCAGAGGGUACGAGGCCACCCUCACGCAGCAGGAGGAACUGCUAAAUCAGAACCAGUCGACACGACGCACAGUUUUUUCCGCAACCUGUUGUUUUCCGGAGGAGGAACUGUCAAGUCAGAACCGGUCAACAUGUUCAAAGCGGCGAAUGAUCGAAUGACAAGGGAUUUCUGGAUUUUCAUCUUGUCCAUGGGAGCUAUCACGGGUUACGGUGCGUAUAGCAAUACGCAUAAAAGAUCGGAUAAGCUAGGCACACAAAUGUAAAGAAGAUGCACGCACGGUCUAGAGAUCUCUGAUUUUUUUUCUUUUUCAGGUCUGAAAGAUAAUGCAGCGUAUUUUUUGGAAUAUUGUGUUGUGAAUCUGUAAAAACUCCUGCUUCUGAAUCUCAAAUUACAUGAAUGUCGUG